UCAAGCAGCCCCUGCGUACUCUGUACGCCGCAGAUUCACCCCAAAGCACGCAAGAUGGCGACGCAUUCGACAGGCGAGCAAGCCUGCUUGUUUCCCGUCUUGAACGGCCACUCAAAUGAGGGGCAUACCAUGAGACAUAGAGAGAUCGACCUGCCUCGGGCAGCUCUGAUCGAGUUCUGUGAACAUCAUGCCGUUCAACCGCUGUCCCUAUUUCAAACAGCCUGGGCGUUGGUUCUCCAGGUCUAUACCGGCUCCGAAAGCCCCGUUUUCGGCUGCCAGUUCCCGAUCGAGAAUGGCAGUGGGCAGAGUUGGACAUGCCGUAUGGCAUUUCCCACUGGUAAUCCGGUAUUGAACAUGUUAAAGACGGCUUGCAUACCCAAUGCGGGCGUUGAACAUCAGUCAGCAGAGACAUUCAACACGGCUGUUGUACAGAAACACACGCAGACAGGAUCAAAUGUAGGACAUCCGGCCAGGUUCACGUUCUCUGCUAACAUCGAACAGGUCCAAAUGGUGCUUGAGGUUGACCGUGAUGAAACCACCGCCUCACUGACCUUUUCUAGUUCACUCAUGUCCAAUGAGCACGCGGCCAGUGUGGCAGCGACGUUUGCAAAGGCCAUGGGAGAGAUAGUGAAAAACCCACACAGCAAGCCGACAGAUCUUGAUCUAUGCAGUCAGCAUGACCGGGAUAUCUUGUCGGUCUGGAACAAUGAGAUUCCAGACAGAUUGGACUCUCGGGUUGACGAAAUGAUCUUCCACCAGGGCCCCCAAGAUCCUUUGCAUGUCGCCGUCUCCUCCUGGGAUGGAGAGCUGACGUAUGGCGAGCUUGACCGACUUUCUUCAUCUCUCGCAGGGCACCUUGCCCAGCAGGGCGUGCAUUCCGAAAUGUUUGUGCCGCUCUGUUUUGAAAAGACCAAAUGGACGGUGGUUGCCAUGCUGGGUGUGAUCAAGGCGGGCGGUGCCUACGUCUUGCUGGAUCCAUCGUAUCCUUUCAAGCGCAUGGAAAGCAUUUGUCAAGAUGUCGACGCCACUGUCCUGGUUGCAUCCUCUCAGACCAUUGAAAAAGUGCAGCCAUUGGUCGAGAACGUAGUUGUUGUCGAUGCGGGCUCCCCGAUUUGGUCAGAUAACCAUGAAUGGUCGUGUCAAGUCAACUCCCAGAAUGCGCUGUAUGCCGCAUUUACUUCUGGAUCUACCGGAAGACCCAAAGGCAUCGUCGUGGAGCAUGGGGCCUUCUGUACGCGGGCAUUGGCGAAUGGAGCACUCCUGGGAUUGAAUAAACGCUCGAGAGUGUUGCAGUUCGCCAGCUACGCAUUCGACGUGAGCCACCGCGAUAUCCUGUUCACGCUGAUCCACAAUGGAACCGUCUGCAUUCCAUCCGAGACUGACCGGGUCAACAAUCUCGAGUUGUUCGUCAAUCGCCACGAGGUCAACUGGGCCAGUAUCACACCGUCCGUGGCCGGUUUACUCGAUCUCAAAGCCGUCUCAACUCUGAAGACACUGGUUCUCGCGGGUGAAGCCAUGUCAGCAGCCCAUCUCUCUACCUGGGCGGACAAAGUGCAGCUUAUGAAUGCGUACGGCCCAAGUGAAUGUAUCGCCAUCAGUUGCAUCAACCCUCGACUCACAAUAGGGUCGGACCGUACGAACAUCGGGCGUGGAGUAGGAUCUGCGAUCUGGAUUGUCGACCCCGGCGAUGCCAACCGCCUUGCACCCAUCGGGGCGAUUGGAGAGUUGGUCAUCGAGACAGCCGCAGUCAGCCGGGGAUACAUGAAAGACCAGGAAAAGACCACGGCCUCCUUUCCUGAUCAUGUCCAAUGGCGAAAGGACUUCCAACUCAGCUCACAGGGCCGGUUGUAUAAAACAGGUGAUCUGGGACGCUUCAACGUUGAUGGCACCAUCUCAUUCUUGGGACGCAAAGACAAUCAGGUCAAGAUUAAUGGACAGCGAGUGGAGUUGGCCGAGAUUGAACACCACAUGCUGCAGUCCCUGGCCCGUACUCUCGAAGACGCCUCGACUAUCCAGGUGGUUGUGGACAUGGUGAUGCCCAAGGAAAGCCACCGUCCAACAUUGGUGGCGUUUGUAUACCAGACGGGCAAUGAACACAAGUCAGAAGCGCAGAGAAACACGGCCAUCCGCCAGACGACGGCUCACAUGACAGACCAACUGGCUCAGCUAUUGCCCGUGUAUAUGAUCCCCAGUGUGUGCAUCCCCGUGGAGAGGAUUCCCAUGACGGGGACAGGCAAAACGGAUCGACGAGCGCUGCGACAACUGGGCGCAUCGAUGACCUGGGACCAAAUGGCGGCUCUGACAGCGUCCGGGCCCAGCUAUCGAGCCCCAGCGACGGAACGGGAGCAACAGCUGCAACGGAUCUUUAUGGCCGUUCUAAAACUUGAAGCUGACCGUGUUGGGGCUGACCAUAGUUUUCUCCGACUGGGAGGUGACUCGAUUGCUGCGAUGCGUCUGGUUGCAGCUGCGCGUCAAGAAGGGCUGCGUUUGACCGUUGCAGACGUCCUUCGCCAUGCACAGCUCAGUGAACUGGCACAAUUGGCUCAGACGGCGAGUGAGGCAGAAGAAAGCAUUUUGUUGCCAUUUUCAUUGCUCAAAUCAGGUAUCUCGACCAGCAAUGCCCGUCGGGAAUCGGCCGCGCUGUGUGGCAUUCGAGAGGACCAGGUGGAGGACGUCUUGCCCUGUACGCCUUUACAGGAAGGCCUGCUUGCAUUGACGGCGAGAAAAGACAGCCAUUAUAUCCGACGAUUCAAAUUCGAAAUUCGGCCCACGGUUGAUGUUUGCCAGUUGAUGAAAUCAUGGGAGCAGACCGUCGCAGCGGUGCCCUUACUGCGCACACGCAUCGUCGACCUCAGCGUGCAAGGAUUGGUUCAAGUUGUAGUCGACGAACCGGUGGAUUGGCAGUCGACCCAUGUCUCGCAGACCAUGGGCCUCGGAACACCGCUGACGAGAUAUGGGAUAGUCACCCAACAAGGGAAGACAUAUCUGGCGUUGACCAUCCAUCACGCCAUGUACGACGGAUGGUCCAUGCCGCUCGUGCUCGACACUACACAGAAGAUAUAUCGAGGGCAGCAGCACUCACUGACCCCGUUUGCCGCAUUCAUCAAACACAUUGCCAGUAUCGACGAAGAUGCCGCCACGGAAUUCUGGAGACGUCAGUUUGUUGGCUUGGAAAGUUCAGAAUUUCCCGCUCUUUCGUCAUCCCACCAGCCACAGGCAGACCGGACAUUGACGCACAGCAUCGAUGUAAACUGGGAAGGACUGGACUUUACCGCGGCCACGAUGGCCCGGGCAGCGCUGGCAAUCCUUAUCAGCCGAUAUACGAACUGCCCCGAUGCAGUCUUUGGCGCAACAGUCAUGGGAAGGCAGGCUGCUGUCCCGGGCGUGGAGAGUAUGGCUGGGCCAACGUUUACGACACUUCCAGUCCGAGUCAUGGUGGAUGAAGAACAAACAGUCAGCGGACUGCUCGAGCAAAUCCACGCCCAGGCAACCGAUAUGAUUCCAUAUGAGCAAAUGGGCCUGCAACGGAUUCAUCGUAUCAGCGAGGAGAGCAACGAGGCAUGUCGGUUCCAGGCCUUGCUACUCGUCCAGCCGGCAGAAGAGGAGGCCUCUCAAGGAAGUGAGCUGUUCUUGCCGGAAGAGGAAGACCAGGAAGGCGACGCUAGACUGGAAGCUUUUACCAGCUAUGCGCUCAUGUUCCGCUGUGAGUUGAGCAAGCAAGGAAUGCGACUUCGGAUGACUUUCGAUCCCAGUGUGGUGCACGAACGACAGGCCAUGCGCAUGGCACACCAGUUCGCGCAUGUUCUGCAACAGGUUUGCGUUUCGGCGGCAGGGAAUACUCCAUUGAGACAGAUUGAGAUGGCUACGCAACAGGAUCUAUCGGAUAUCUGGACAUGGAACCGCGCCCCCCCAAGGCAGGCUGAUGGUGUCUGGGACGGUAUCUUGCCUGAUCGAUUGGACGACCCGUUGUCACAGCUUGCAGGUCAUAUUCCAUGGGUGAUUCAAGAGCAUGCUGAGAGCGGACUGGCAGCGGUUGGAUGCGUGGGUGAACUGUGGCUUGAGACUCCUCUUGGUGGUGAAGGCCAUCUAUACAAGUCAACAGCAUCGUUUGUCGAGAAUCCACAAUGGCUGUUGCGCGGAGGAUCAGAUCACUCUGGACGCAACGGACGUCUCUACAAGACCGGCGAGCUGGCCAAGUACUCGUCCGAUGGUGCAGUUAUACUCCUGGGACCCAAAGAUCCGGAGUCCCGAAUCAAUGGACGGCGGGUGAACCUGCGGGAUGUUGAGCAUCAUGUCCGACAGGCCGUGGUUGAAGUCAUUCGCAAUAGUUCCAUUGAUGUGGGUGCAGAAAUCGUCACUCCACAAGGUAGCCAGAGCCCGAUGCUGGUUGCGUUGCUAUGUAAUUCAACAGACCUCCGUCUCACACCAAGCAUAGCAAAUGCCAUUGACGAACAACUGUCGGACCGACUGCCGGUCAAGCCUCAUGCAUACGGCAUCCUCAAGGAUAGAACUGGCCAGACUGAUCGGAACACAAUCCGCGAACAGACUAAUUGCUUCACUCUGGCCCAUCUCACGGUCGUGGAGAGGAGCGAUCAAGAUAGGGCGAGGCCCCAGACAGAUGCAGAGUGCCAACUGCGAGAUCUCUGGGCGUCGGUCCUCGACAUUCCUGCUGAAAGGAUCGGCAUCCACGAUAGCUUCUUCCGGUUGGGAGGCGACUCCAUCACGGCAAUGCGACUCGUUGGAGCAGCACGCAGACAUGGUGUUUCGCUCGUAGUGGGAGAUAUCUUCAGCUAUCCACAGCUCAAGAGACUGGCUACAGUGAUGAAGGGCACAGUCACCGCUGGUCAAGAAGUACCUCCCUUCUCGCUAUUGAAUUCACCUUUGAAUGUUGCCGAGAAGCGUGCACAGACGGCUGCAUUGUGUGGUGUUGAGGCCAGUCUGGUGCAGGAUGCAUUCCCUUGUACCCCAUUGCAGGCUGGUUUACUCGCCCUGACAACGCAGUCGCCGGGUGAUUAUAUCGCGAGAAAGAUAUUCCAGCUUCGCCAGACUACCGAGGUGGAUCGACUGGCCAUGGCAUGGGCCGAGGUCGUCGCGUCGACACCGAUCUUGCGCACUCGAGUGGUCGAUCUGGGAAGGCAAGGAGUGGUGCAGGUUGAGGUCAAUGAGCCUUUUGCCUGGAAAACCGAGUCUGACCUGGAUCGAUACAUUCGCGAGGACAGGGAACAGCCGAUGGGUCUUGGAACCCGCUUGACACGGUUUGGCCUUGUUGAUUCUGGACGAGGGCAGCGAUGGUUCAUCCUGACCGUUCACCACGCCAUGUAUGAUGGCUGGUUGAUGUCCCUGCUGCUCCAGGCCAUGGAUCAAGCCUAUCGUGGUGGCCACCGAAUGACCCUGACUCCGUUCCCUGCCUUUAUCAAAGCCAUCGACUCGGUGGACGACACGUCGACGACUGACUACUGGAAAGCCCAAUUGGAUGGCUUGGAGGCGCCAAUAUUCCCAGUGGUGUCCUCUUCCUCUCCCAGGACCAACAGCUACGUCACCCAUCGGAUCGACACGCUCCGGGUCGACAGCAGUGAUACGACCGUCACGAUGGCCAUCCGUGCUGCAUGGUCCAUCCUCAGUGCGCGAUACGUGAAUGCCGGCGAAGCCGUGUUUGGCACCACCGUGACAGGGCGGCAAUGCUCUCUCCCCGGGAUUGAGCUCGUCGGAGGGCCAACCAUUGCCACUGUUCCCGUGCGUGUGGUGGUGGAUGGGGACAGCACCGUGGGACAAUUGCUCCACCAGGUGCAAGCGCAGGCCGUCGGGAUGAUCCCUUUCGAACAAAGCGGACUGCAGCGAAUCCGGCGCGUCAGUGCCGAUGCGGACCAGGCCUGUCAAUUCCAGACCCUGUUGGUGGUGCAUCCCGUCGAUCCGGAUGCACCGCAGGAGACGCUCUUCAUGCCUGCCCAACGGACGGCAGGAUGGGGUGGCGUUGACCCUUAUGCACUGGUGCUGGAAUGCAAGCUUUUGAAGCAGGGAGCCAGAGUGCAGAUCCAUUACGAUUCGAGAAUUCUCGACAAGGAGCAGGUCGAGAGGCUCCUGCAGCAGUUUGACUGCGUGCUCCGACAGGUAUGCGCAGGACACCAAAACACCAAGGUGAAGCACGUUGGGGCUGUCAGCAAGGAAGAUCUGGACACCCUCUGGAAGUGGAAUGCCGACGUUCCCCAGGCACCGGUCCUCUCCAUGGACGAACUGAUCGCAGAGAGAAUCGCGAAACAGCGCGACGCCCCCGCCGUUGACUCCUGGGACGGACAGUUCACCUAUGGCCAGCUGGACGAACUGUCCACCCGCCUUGCCCAUCGUCUCCGUCUGCUUGGGGUUGGCCCGGAGGUCUUUGUGCCACUGCUGUUUGAAAAGUCCAAGUGGACGCCGGUGGCGAUGCUCGGUGUCAUGAAGGCCGGGGGAGCGUUUCAUCUCCUCGAGCCCAGCCAUCCGCUGGAACGACAGCGAUGGAUCUGCAAGGAUAUUGAUGCCCGUCUCAUCAUAUCAUCGCCAGCACAGGCAGAGAGGGCUACGCAUCUGGUCCAGACCGUUGUCACAGUCGGUGAUGGGCAAGACUUUGGCUGUGACGGUGCCACGAUGACCGUCGCGACGACGGCAAAGAACACGCUGUAUGUCAUCUUCACCUCCGGCUCGACCGGAGCACCCAAGGGAGUGUUGGUGCAGCAUGCCGGGUUUGCGGCUACUGCGCUGGCCUACAACGAAAGGCUUGGGCUGAAUUCAGAUUCUCGAGUGCUACAGUUUGCGUCGCACGCAUUUGACAUGUGCCUCUCCGGUAUUCUCUUCACCUUGCUGGGGGGCGGUUGCCUUUGCAUACCGUCCGAAAACCAAAGAACGGACGAUCUUGCGGGGGCAAUCUGUGGCUUCAAUGCGAAUUGGGCCGACCUGACUCCAUCGGUCCUGCGAACCCUGUCCCCUCGAGAUGUACCCACGUUGAAGACGAUCAUGUAUGGUGGAGAGGCUGCAUCCAAAGCCGAUCUCCUCCCCUGGUUCGGCCGUGUUCGCCUGAUCAACGCGUACGGCCCGGCCGAGUGCAGUGUAAUCGCCACUGUGCAGGCUCAGGUCACCGCAGAGUCAGAUGCCUCCAACAUCGGAUCCUCGGUGGCCGGAGUGUGUUGGGUCGUGGAUCCGACGGAUUCCAAUCGGCUUGCUCCUGUCGGUGCCAUGGGCGAGCUCUUGCUGGAAGGCCCGCUGGUCGGGGGAGGGUAUCUCAACAACGGCGAGAAGACCCAGGAAGCCUUCUUGAACGAUCCAUCCUGGCUGGUGCAGGGUCAUGCGGAUCAGCCCGGACGACACGGCCGUCUGUACAAGACGGGCGACCUGGUUCGAUACGCGCCAGACGGCACGCUGCAAUACCUGGGACGCAAGGACACCCAGGUCAAACUCCGCGGGCAACGGAUUGAACUGGGCGAGGUCGAGCACCAUGUCGAGCAGGCGUUGACCGAUAUGUGCCAGCACGAGCUGCCCACCAAGAACGUGGCGAUAGAGGCCGUGGCUGAGAUCAUCCGACCCCGGGAAACCGGCCGCGCAACGCUGGUGGCCUUUGUGUCUCUUCGCAACAGGAAUCUGCCUGUUGCGGAGGUUGUUGCGCUGCUCGACAAGAUGACCCCUGAUCUGGAAAUGACGCUGGCAGAGCGACUGCCCGCGUACAUGGCCCCCAGCGCCUUCAUUCCCCUCGAGCGGAUCCCUCUGGGGAUGACGGGCAAGACGGACCGGCGGCAGCUGCGGGAGAUUGGAUCCGUCCAGCAUGGCAAGUCUGCUGGAUCCAGCCAGCGCCGUGACCGGAUCGCCCCGUCGAGCGAGACGGAGAGCAUCCUGCUGCAAGUGUGGGCAGAAGUGCUCAAUCUGCCUGGAGAAUCCAUCUCGGUCGACUCUGGGUGGAUCCGACUAGGUGGCGAUUCCAUCACGGCGAUGCAGCUUGUAUCUCGAUGUCGUGCCAGGAAUAUCCGACUCACAACCGGCGACGUCCUUCGGGCUCAGACGAUCCAGAAGCUGGCCAGAUACUGCACUUCCGUCCAGCCGGAUGCCCCGGCCCUGGAUACCACGACCGCAGAGGAAGAGCCAUGGGGGUUGACGCCAGUCCAGCACAUGUUCUUCGCCGGACAUCCCGACGGGCUGAAUCACUUCAACCAGAGUUUCCUGCUGCGGGUCAAAACCCCAUUCCCGGGCGACAUGAUCCAGAAGGCCAUCCAGACAGUGGCCCAGCGCCAUCCCAUGCUACGUGCGCGCUUUCAGGCAGACGACGGCGGCUGGGAGCAAUAUGUCGCCCGGUAUACGCCCGAAACGAUUGGAUUUGAGGAGCACUGCGUGGACAGGACGACCGUGGCCGGGCUUGCCCUGUCACGCCAGGAACAGCUGGACAUCCAACGUGGACCGGUGUUUGCCGCAGACGUCUUCCAUCUGCCAUCCGGUGAGCAGAUCCUCCUUGUCACUGCUCAUCAUCUGGUCGUCGACCUGGUGUCGUGGCGAGUCAUUUGGCACGACAUUGAGCAGUGUCUGCUCGGUCAUCGGGAUGCUGCUAUGCGUCCGACCACCUCAUUCCAGGCGUGGGCCAGGAUGCAAAGCCGAAUGGCGCAGUCGCUCGUGCCAUCCCAAGUGCUUCCAUGCGAAAUAGACACGCGUGGGUAUGGAUACUGGGGGGUUGAUUCAGCCCACAACACCGACGCGGGAUGCGAAAGACACGUUAUCCGUCUCAAUGAGGAUAUCACAACCCAACUUCUGGGUCGCAGCAAUGAACGACUCGGAACAGAACCCACAGAAAUCUUCCUCGCGAUGCUCGUUUCCUCGUUCCAGCGGGUCUUUACCGAUCGUCGGGCUCCCCCAAUCUUCCUCGAGGGCCAUGGUAGAGAGGCCCUGGACGAUAUCGAAGUCGAUCUGUCCGAGACGGUCGGCUGGUUCACCACCGUCUGCCCUGUCCAGAUCCCGGGUGGGCACCAACAGCCCAUCGUUGACAUGGUCAAGCGGGCAAAAGAUGCCCGCCGGUCUAUUCCCGGCAAAGGGCUGCCAUAUACUGCCAGUCGCUAUCUCACGGCAGCUGGCAAGAGAGCAUUCCAGGAGCACGACCAGGUCGAGGUGCUCUUCAACUAUUCCGGAAUCUACCAGCAGCUCGAGAAUGACGACGCCCUGCUCACCCGUGAAGACGAUCCGGUAAUGACAUCCAACUUCCGUCAAAGUUCUCCGACCACUCGACGGGUUGGUCUGGUCGAACUGAACUUGGGCAUCCGAUAUGGCAGGCUGACUAUCUCAUACGGCCUGCAUCACCGGAUGAAACACCAGGAUCGACUGCAGGAGUGGAUGAGGUUGUUCGCAGAAAGCCUCACGCAAGCCGCGCACGAACUAACAAUGGGCCCAAAACGUUUCACCUUGAGCGAUUUCCCCCUACUGUCGCUGUCCUACAAGGGCCUCGACAAUCUACACACUGCCAUCCAGAGUGCUGGAGUCGCACUUGACGCAGUGCAGGACAUCUAUCCAUGUACGCCGAUGCAGGAGGGGAUCUUGUUUAGCAUAGAGAAGGGGACAGCAUCAUACAUGCACGACCGGAUCUGGCGCUGCGAGAUGCCUGAUGGUACGACCCCCGUUUCGCCACAACGGCUGGAAGCCGCAUGGAGGCGUGUGGUGGAGAGGCAUUCCAUCUUCUCGACCAUCUUUGUCCCACUCUUCGAGGAGGGCAUUUUCGCCCAGGUUGUCGUGGCAAAGGCCCCCACUCGGAUCACCCAGAUCAAAUGCGAUUCCAUGGAUCCUGCUCAGGCACUGAAGGCGCUGGUGAAACCAGAGUUUGCCAGCGGAGAGCCCCAACAUCAUUUCACAAUCUGCCAAUCCCCGAACGGUCGCGUGGCAUGCCGGCUGGACAUGAACCAUGCCUUGAACGACGCCGAGUCUGCGUCCAUCGUCACCGGCGACCUGGCAAAGGCAUAUCAAGGACUCACUCUGUCAGCGGCGCCUCCCUUCAGAGAUCUCAUGCAGUAUCUGGCCCGCACGCCUGCCGCUGAACGGAUGGAAUACUGGCGAAAUGCCCUGGACGGGGUUCCCAGCUGUCUGUUCCCGGUUCAAAGCAUCGCACCAGACUCCAUUGAAGCGGAACACGGCUUCAUCCCCCUCGCCGAGACGGUCACCUCACGAAUCCAUGCAUUCUGCGUCAACCGGGGCAUCACACGUUCGGUGUUUAUCCAGAUUGUCUGGGCGAUGGUACUCUCGUCGUACACCGGAGUGAGCGAUGUUUGCUUUGGAUAUUUAUCCUCUGGCCGCGAUGUUCCUAUCAACAACAUCGAAAAUAUGGCUGGGCCACUGGCUAACAUGCUGAUCAGUCGAGUCGAUGUUCAAGAAUCCCUUGGUGAGGUCAUUCAGAGGACUGCCGCACAGUCCGUCGAUCAUUUAGCGUACCAGCACGUAUCGCUCGCCCAUCUUCAACAUGAGCUGAAGCUCGGCCAUCUCCCAUUAUUCAACACCAGUGUUACCUUGCGUGAGAGAGGCAGGAAUACCAAAUCCGAAAACCAGCUGACAUUCCACAACGUUGCUGGCGAUGAUCCCCACGAGUUUGCUGUGGGUGUCAGCGCCCUGCUGAAUGGGUCGACGACAGAAGUCGGUCUUGGCUAUCAUAAAGGUCUUAUUAGUCGUUCCACGGCGCAGGAGAUCAGCUCGGUUCUGCAAAUGGCCAUUGCCUAUAUCCUGCAGGGUGAGCCGCUCGGUAAUGGUGCAUUGGAGCAGUUCCACCAGGUUGAUUCACUGCACGGCCGCUUCUUCCGGCAUGUUGCAGGAGUAAGUGAACAGUCAGCCACGAACUUCUGGCAGGAGUACUGUGCCGGCCUGGACACAAGGCACUUUCCCUCCUUGCCGUCUCCGUCAUACUGCCCUCACGCCACGGCGACUCACCACUAUCAAAUAAAGGACUUUCGAUGGAGUCAUGCCUCGGUUACGACGUCAACUGCAAUCCGGGUAGCGUGGGCGAUGCUGCUGUCACGCUAUGUUGAUACCAGCGACGUCAUCCUCGGGGUAGAUGUCGGGAAGCACGCGAUGGGCUGGGGAACGGUGCCAAUGCGAGUUGCACUCGACUGGGAGGCGACAGUGUCCCAGGUCCUGGAGGGUGUUGAAAGCCACAGCGGUGCAAUGGAGCCGUUUGAGCAGGUCGCACUGCACAGGAUUCAGCAAAUGAGCGAUGAGGCCAGGCAGGCAUGCCAAUUCCAAACGGUUCUUGUGGAGUCUACGGGGGAGCAGGACACCCAGAUGCCCAAGCACCUUGAUGGGUUUGGCAUGGUUAUCGAGUUCUUCUCCCACAACGACGGAUUGCACCUGCAGGUCAACUUCGAUUUGAAUAUGAUCCAAGAGGCACACGUGCACAGGAUAGUGCGCCAGUUUGACCACAUAGUGCAGCAGCUUGGCGCAGAGCGAAACCGGAUGGCCAAGAUCAAAGACAUUCCGUUGGCGUCUGAGCAGGACAUGCGUAAUAUCUGGGCCUGGAAUCACUCUGUGCCUCAGUCAGUUGAGGGUUGUAUGCACGACCAAAUUGCGGCAAUGGCGCGAGAACAGCCUGACGGGUUGGCGAUAUGCGCGUGGGAUGGCGAGUUGACAUAUCGCGAACUUGAUACACUGUCGACCAGGCUUGCCUCCCAUUUGAUGCAGUACCUGGAUGGCAAUACGACGGUUCCCCUCUGCUUCGAGAAAUCAGUGUGGACGGCCAUUGCCAUGAUUGCCGUGAUGAAGGCCGGCGGUGCCUCUCUGGCACUGGACACCACGCAGCCAGAGGGCAGGCUGGGCACCCUGGUUGAGCAGAUUCACCCUCGUUCGAUCCUGUCAUCGGCAACCAAUGCUCAUAUGGCUGGACGGAUCGCCAAGGUCCCUGUCAUUGUUGUCGAUCGAGCCCAAUUAGAUGCGCUGAAGGCAUCCGGGCCACUGCCCGUCGUCCAACCAUCCGCCAAUCUCUACAUCAUCUUCACAUCCGGAAGCACCGGAAAACCCAAGGGCACGCUGAUAUCCCAUGCCAACUUCGCCAGCGCUGCUCUGCAUCAGCGAGAUAUGUUGCAAUUCGGUCCUGGAUCCAGAAUCUUCGAUGUGGGUUCAUAUGCCUUCGAUGUGGCCUGGGGCAAUGUCCUGCACACGCUCUCGUCGGGAGGCUGCCUUUGUAUACCGGAGCCAGCAGCAGCAAAGGAUGACAUUCUCGGCAGCUUGAGGGAAUAUCGCGCCACCCAUGCCGAGCUGACACCGACUCUGGCGCGUACGCUCGUUCCGGACGACCUGCCCGAUCUGAAAUGCUUCAUCUCUUCUGGUGAAGCCCUGGACGAUCUGGUCCUCCAGCGAUGGUCCAAGGUCACUCGGAUUCUCAACGCAUACGGCCCGGCCGAGUGCUCCGCCAUUUCUACCAUUGCCGAACUGACCUCUGGGGUCCCCAAGGACAACAUCGGUCGAGCACUUGGGCUCAACAGCUGGAUCGUCAGUCCCCAGAACGAUAGUGAACUAGCCCCGGUGCAUGCUGUUGGAGAGCUGUGGCUUGAAGGGCCCCUGGUUGGACAGGGCUAUCUCAACCAACCCCAGAAGACGGUAGAGGUAUUUGUCGACAGUCCGCCGUGGUUAAUGGAUGGUGGUCGACACGGAAGACUCUACAAGACCGGUGAUCUCGUCAAGUACCAUACCGACGGCAGUUUGAUCUUCAUUGGCCGCAAAGACACACAGGUCAAGAUCCGUGGUCAACGUGUUGAACUGGCCGAGGUCGAGCAUUAUGUACGCCAGGCGUUGAGUAGCCAUGGACAUUGUGCCGUUGCCAACAAUGAAACCAUUCACAUUGUUGCAGAGGCUAUCAAACCACGAAAUGGCAGCCACCCAGUCCUGGUUGCCUUUAUCAGUCUUGAGUCUCACGACCAAUCCAAGAAGACAGUGCGGGAGAUCACCGCCGGUCUGGACGAGAAGCUCGCCAGGUUCCUGCCGGCAUACAUGAUCCCAACCGCCUAUAUCCCGAUCGAACAGCUGCCCCUCACAGCCAGUGGCAAAACGGACCGUCUCAAACUGCACCAGUACGCAUCCGCCUUGACCCGAGAUGACCUGGCGCUGUUGGCUGGUGGGGAGCAGGAGAGGCGAGCCCCUCGGACAAAGGAAGAGAGAGUGCUGCAGCGGAUUUCCUCCGCCAUUCUUGGCGUGACCUUGGAUAUCGUCGGACUUGAGGACUCGUUUUUCCAGCUAGGAGGUGACUCGAUCGCUGCCAUCAAACUGGUGGCAAUGGCUCGCCUGGAAGGCUGGCAUCUCACCGUGGCCAACAUCUUCUCCCAUCCCAAACUGUCUGACCUGGCGCUUACAAUGCGGAUUCUGGAGGCAGACGGACAUCGACCCCCUCCGCCAUUCUGUCUGCUGCCAGAUGGUGCAGCCGAUCAUGUUUGGCACACUCUCAGUCUGUUGGGCAUCGAUGAUUCUGCGGUUGAAGAUGUGUAUCCCUGCACAGCGCUUCAGGAAGGGCUCAUCGCAAUGACUGUCAAAAACCCAGACUGCUAUGUAUACCAGACGGCCUUUGACCUCCCAAUUAAUAUGAAUGUAGACCGUUUCCGUGCCGCAUGGGAUGCAACGAUGGCCGCCAAUGCCAUCCUGCGCACCAGGCUGAUUCACACCGAGUCGGGGAUGUUCCAAGCGGUUGUUCGAGGCAGCGUCGAGUGGCACACAGCGACGAAUCUGGACGAUUACCUCGCAGACGAUGCUCGUAAACCGAUGGAGCUCGGUCUGCCGUUGCUGCGACUCGCGUUGGUCAGGCAGGCCAACUUGCCAUUGUCCUUUGUUCUCACUAUCCACCACGCCUUGUAUGACGGCUGCUCGCUGCCGUUGAUACUGCAACAAGUUCAAGAAUCAUACAUGGGCCACGCCCUCGAGCUGCACCCAUUCAGUCCGUUCGUGGCAUAUCUCUCGCAGGUCGACAAGAGCACAGAGAGAGACUUUUGGGUGUCUCGAUUUGCGAAUCUCAGGGCCCCAACAUUCCCUGCUUUACCCUCGGCAACCUAUACACCCGGUGCAAGAAUGUCUUUUACGCAUUCCAUCACACUUCCCCCCAAGCCAAGUCGUGAUUUCACACUUCCUACAUUAAUUCGACUGGCCUGGGCUAUCGUUAUCGCCCACCAUACCGACUCCGAUGAUGUUGUGUUUGGAGAGACUUUGACCGGACGUAAUGCUGCAUUGGCAAAUAUCGACCGGUUGACCGGGCCGACCAUCACCACGAUCCCAAUUCGUGUUGAACUUCAAUCCGGUCAGAGUCUUGCGGAGGCACUAGAUGGUGUACAGAAGGAUGUGGCAGCCGCGAUUCCAUACGAGCAGGCCGGACUGCAAAACAUCCGCCAGAUGAGCAGCGAGACAGCAGCGGCGUGCGAAUUCCAAAGUCAUCUGGGCAUCCAGCCAUUGGGGGAAGACUCGGAGGAGUCCACCUUAUUCGGGCAGCAUCAGUCUCGUAAUAGCUCGGACCAGUUUGCCAGCUACGCAUUUGUGCUUGUUUGCUCUUUGUCGUCCAACAAUCAGACGAUCAGUGUUGAGUGCAACUUCGACUCUAGCGUCUUGGAUGAAGACGAGGCAAAAAGGCACAUUCGCCAGUUUGAAACGAUCUUAUGCCAGGUUUGCAACGAUUCUCAGCAGAGGAUUAGCGACUUGCAGGCCGUCAGCCCAGUCGAUAUCGUUCAGCUUGCGAAAUGGAAUUCCCACCUGCCUGUGGCUCUCCAUGAAACUAUCCAUGAGCUGAUCCUGCGUGGCUCCGUCUCACAGCCUGACCGCACAGCCAUCUCUUCGUGGGAUGGCACUGUCACGUAUCGGGAAUUGGAGGUUCUCUCUCGAAAGCUGGCACUCCAUCUCAUCGGCACCGGCGUCGGGUCAGGCAUGAUCGUUCCCCUAUGUUUCAAUAGGUCCAAGUGGUCCGUCAUUUCGGUCGUGGCCGUCCUCCGAACAGGUGCAGCAUGUCUCCUCAUCGACCCUACCCAUCCUUUAGACCGAGUGCAAGACUUUGUACAGCAGAGUCGUGCUGUUGUAGCACUGGUCGACCCCUCACAAACAGCCUUGAUGCAGGGAAUGGUUCCCAACGUCGUGACCGUGUCUUCUACGCUAAUGGACACUCUCGAUGUGCAAGGUACACCGUUACCCACGAUACCCGCAAGCAGCACUGCAUUCAUUGUCUUCACGUCUGGCAGUACCGGUAAGCCCAAGGGAAUCGUCUUGGAACAUGUUCACAUUACCACGAGUAUCCGGGACCAUGCAGCCGGCAUGCGAGUUCACCGUGACUCCCGAUGCCUGCAUUUUGCUUCCUACGCUUUCGACGUCAGUAUCUACGAAAUCUGCACUACUCUGGUGAGUGGUGGCUGCGUCUGUGUCAUCUCCGAGCACGACCGGAUGAACAAUGUCACUGCCUUUAUUCGCAGCCACAAUGUGACCUGGGCCGCCUUGACCAACUCGACCACCAAUAUCAUCCAGCCCGAGGACGUCCCAUCCUUGCAGACUCUCGUCGUCGGUGGCGAAACUAUCACUCAAGACGUCGUGCACAAGUGGGCACCCCGACUGGGCUUGGUCAUUGGAUAUGGACCAGCCGAAACUCCCAUGUGUGGCGUCGGUCAUAUCCCGGUGCAUGGGUGGAAGUCGGGCACGUUUGGCGAUAUCGUCGGCGGCGUAGGCUGGAUUGUGACACCGUCAGAUGCAUCCAAGCUUGCUGCCAUUGGCGCCGUUGGAGAAUUGCUGAUUGAAGGACCGAUCCUGGCUCAGGGAUACCUCAACAACCCAGAAAAGACGGCAUCUUCGUUCGUUAACGACCUACCAUGGAUGAAUCACUUCCGGCCCGCCGGCAAGGGCCGUCUAUACAAGACAGGUGAUUUGGUGCAGUACAACCCCGAUGGCACAUUCCGAUUCAUUGGUCGCAAGGAUACUCAGGUCAAGCUGCGAGGACAACGCAUUGAGCUGGGUGAAGUGGAGUUUCGAAUUCGCCAGUGUUUGCCAGAGGUCUACAAUGUAGUGGCCGAAGUCAUCAUUCCUUCUGGCCGAAAUGCAAAUUCUGUGCUGGUGGCUUUCGUCCAUCUGACUAUGACCAGUGACGAUAGCAACGACUUGUUUUUGACUCCCACCGAAGAGCUUCGUGCCAUCUUUUUCGCCGCCCAAACACAGCUCAGAGGCAUGAUCCCAGGGUAUAUGGUGCCUGGGCUCUUCAUUCCCCUGGGCCACAUCCCAAGAACGACAUCCGGGAAGAUAGAUCGGCGACAGCUGCGAGACCGAGCAUCAUCGCUGCCCCGAACAGAGUUCGAUCUCUUUAUGGCUACGUGGAGUCAAAAGGAAAAGCCAUCCACUGAACUCGAAGAAAGGUUGCAGGCCAUCCUGGUCUCUGUCACUGAUCUGAGCAUCGACGAAAUCGGUGUCAAAGACAACAUCUUUCAUCUCGGGGCCGACUCCAUCACGGCCAUGAAGAUGGUGACGGCCGCACGCAAACAAGGCAUCUCGAUAUCUGUCGCUGAUGUUUUCAGCCAUCCCACGAUAUAUGACCUGGCAGGAUUUUACAAUACGCAGAAUCCUCAACACCAACCUGUGUCCAGUGUGGUCCCAGGCGCCGUCUUUGGCUUCACCACCCAGCGCAGCUUUAUUGAAAGCAUCGACUGCACUGACCUUCCAUUUAACACUCAGGAUAUCUAUGACGCACUUCCUGCAUCCCAAGGCCAAGAGGAUCGACUCAUUCGUGGAAGUUACUAUUUCAUGCUCGACUUUGAUCGCCCCAUUGACUGCGAUCGCCUCGAAAAGGCGUGCCGUGGCCUCCUUCAGCGCCAUACCAUCUUUCGCACUGUCUUCAUUCCCUACCAAGGCAUGAUUGCUCAGAUCGUUCUUCGCAGUUCCAAUGUACCCAUUGAAAUCGUCAAAUCGGACGAUUGUUUGGUGCCCUUUACGGAAUCACUCUGCCAGAAAGACUCGUUCGGAGCACCGAUGCUGGGUGAGCUCAUUACCCGGAUGACCUUGGUUCAAGGAUCUGACGACCGAACCACACUCAUUCUCCGCAUCUCACAUGCCCAGUAUGACGGCAUGUCAGUGUCCGUCAUGUGGAGAGACUUGGUCGAUCUGUAUGAGGGCAGGCAACUGCCGGAUCCCAUCGAAUACUCGGCCCACGUUCAGAAGUGGCUCUCGGCUGGGACGUCCGAGGCAUAUGGAUUCUGGCGGAACCUUCUUGGCGCAUCCAGUAUGACGCAUAUCAAGGAUAAAGACCUAGCAGAAAAGGAUGCGUCGAUCAGCUCGCCGGUUUACGUUGAAUCUAAAAUCCCUCUCCCGAAUCCGCCGCACGGCAUUACCAUGGCGACUCUUAUCAAAGCAGCAUGGUCCGUGGUCCUAACCCAAUUGACAGGUGAUAGAGAUGUUGUCUUCGGUCAGACCAACAGUGGACGAUCGUCCAGCAAUUUCGAUGCGGAAAACCUGGUCGGAUUGUGUAUCAACGCCAUCCCCGUCCGAGUCAAGUACAACCCCCACUGGACCCUCCUUGACUUGCUGCGUUAUGUUCAAAACCAGCACAGCGAUUCGCUCCCAUUCGAGUCAGUGGAACUCCGUGACAUUGUCUCCCAAAGCACUCCCUGGCCUCAAGGCACUGGGUUUGGCAGCGUCGUGACUCACCAAAAUAUCAAUGUUGACAAACCAUUCUCGGUCGGCGGCGCUCAGCCUUCGAUGAGAAUGUUCCACCAAGACAAACCAUCUUCCCAUGUUUCAAUCUCGACUUAUCCACGUGGACAAGAACUGUUGAUUGAAUUGGGAACUUCAAACCAAACCCUGAGUAAGUCACAUGCUCAAACAGUUGCUCAACGUCUUGGGGGAAUGAUCAUCAGUAUAGCAUGCUAUCCUCAUAGACAUAUCUCUGAGCACAUUUAGAUGGAAAGUGGUUUGGUAACGUGUCUAUUGAAACUUUCGACACUUGUCUUUUUCAAUCAAUUUAAUUUUUCUGUAUCAUAUCCUUCUAGUAGUAGUAGACUCUUAUUCC